AUGACGGAGGAGUGGCGUUGUAGGAAGUUUGAGGGCGACCUCAAACAUGAGCUGAGGCGUUUUAUCGUACCACUUAGGGUACGGGAGUUUCCGAUCUUGGUGGAGCAAGCCAAGAGUGUCGAGCAGCUGGAGAUGGGACAGAGCCGGGUCAACUGCACUCAGAAGAAUAAUGUUGAGGGCAGGCAACAGAAGAAGCCCUAUAGUAGACCAGUUUCAUCCUCACAGAAGCUGAGAUGUUAUAAUUGUGGAGGGGAACACUUACGGAGGGAUUACACUAGACCCGCCAGUAGUGGAGGCAGCGGUAUGAGCACUCGUAAGUGCUACGCAAGUGAUCAGCCAGAACAUUUCGCCAACAAAUGUCCUAAUAGGAAGGCUGCUCCAGUAUCACGAUCUCAGCCAUCCUCAUCUGACAGGCCGAGAGCAGCAGGCCGGGUUUUUGCCAUGACCAGCACAGAGGCCACCCGGUCAAGUAAUCUGAUUCUGGACCAUUGUUUGCUUUUUGGUAACAGUGUGUUAGUGCUGUUUGAUUCAGGAGCUUUGCACUCCUUUAUAUCCCACGAUUGUGUGGAGAGAUUGGGGUUGUCCACUCGUGACCUGGGAUGCGAGUUGAUGGUCUCGACACCAGCAUCUAGACAGGUUUCAACCAAUCGAGCCUAUGUUGGAUGCUUGAUGGAGGUAGAGGGCAUAAGCUUCAAGGAGAAAAAGAUGAGUAUGGAGGAGCAGAUUAGUAAGAUACCAGUGGUGGAUGAAUACGCUGACGUGUUUCCGGAUGAGAUACCUGUGCUACCACCCAGCUGGGAUAUAGAUUUCUCAAUUGAUCUAAUCCCUGGAGCGGGUCCAGUGUCGGCAGCACCGUACAGAAUGGCACCAGCUGAACUAGCAGAGUUGAAGAAACAGAUAGAAGACUUGCUAGAGAAGAAAUUCAUCUGA